AUGGGCCUCCUGCGGACUCCACUCCCUUUGCUCCUGUUGCUCAGGGAGCCUGUGUGCCUGAGGACUGAGGACCACCCCAGCUGUCAGGAACCCAGGGAACUGGAAGCCAGCAAAAUUGUCGUCCCGCUCAGCUGUCCUGGAACCCCAGGAAGUCCCGGGGAGAAGGGAGCUCCAGGGCCUCAAGGGCAACCUGGACCACUGGGCAAGAUGGGCCCCAAGGGUGAGCCCAGAGAUCCAGCAAACCUGCUCUGGUGCCAGGAGGGCCCCAGCAACUGUUAGGAGAUGCUGAGCUGGGAUGCCACCUUGAGCAGCUGGUACCACCUGUGCCCACCUGAAGACAGAGCCCUUCCAGUUUUUUGUGACACGGACACCCUAGGAGGUGGCUGGCUGGUGCUCCAGAGGCGACAGGAUGGUUCUGUGGAUUUCUCCCACUCUUGGUCCUGCAAAGCAGGUUUGGGGAGUCAGGAGUCUGAAUUCUGGCUGGGGGAUGAGACUCUCCAGGGUACCUGGGAGCUGUGACUGGAGCUGGAGGACUUCAACAGCCACCGCACCUUUGCCUACUACGGGUCCUUCUGCCUCCUUGGGGAGGCAGGUCACUACCAGCUGGUGCUGGGCAAUCUUAGAGGGACUGCAGGGGACUCCCUGAGCUUUCACAAUGGGAAGUCCUUUAGCACCUGUGACGCUGACCAUGACACAAGUGAGAACAAGUGCGCAGUGACUGUCCAUGGUGCCUGGUGGUACGAAGCCUGCUAUCACUCUAAUCUCAACAGACGCUAUGCGAUGUCCCCCACCACUGUCCACAAGUAUGGCAUGGACUGGUCCUCAGGCCUCGGCGUGGGCCACCCUUACCGCAGGGUUUGCAUAAUGCCUCGUUAG